UAGGGCGCUGAUGCGACCACGUGGUGACGGGCGAGUUUGACGUAGAUGGCAGCUGCGGUGCCCAGUCUGCUCUGCCGAGUUCUUCUCCUCUGCUGACUUCUCCUCCUCUGCACCGCUAGGUCCUGGUCCCUGCCUGUCCGGGGUGACUCCGUCCUUGUGCUUAUGGAGCCAGCUGCCUCCAGACCCUUCUCCCUGCCGGCCGCCCUUCUCCUCUCCCUGCUCCUCAGCCUGUUUGCCCGAGUCUCAGCACAGUUUACUGUCGUGGGACCAGCAGAUCCAAUCCUGGCCAUGGUGGGAGGCAACAUCACAUUAAGCUGCCACCUGUCUCCCGAGAAAAAUGCUGAGGACAUGGAGGUGCGGUGGUUCCGGUCGCAGUUCUCCCCGGCGGUGCUGGUGUACAAGGGUGGGCUAGAGAGAGCAGAGGAGCAGAUGGAGGACUACCGAGGAAGAACCACCUUUGUGAGCAAAGACAUCAGCAAGGGGAGUGUGGCCCUGGUCAUACACAACGUCACAGCCCAGGAGGACGGCUUCUACCGCUGUUACUUCCAAGAAGGCAGGUCCUAUGAUGAGGCCAUCCUGCACCUCAUGGUGGCAGGCCUGGGAUCUAAGCCCCUCAUUGAAAUGAAGGGCCACGAGGACAGGGGCAUCCGGCUGGAGUGCACAUCUGGAGGGUGGUACCCCGAGCCCCGUGUGGUGUGGAGGGACCCCGAUGGUGAGGUCAUGCCCGCCCUGGAGGAGACUUACACGGCAGACGCAGACGGCCUCUUCACGGUCACCACGGCUGUGAUCAUCGUUGAUUCCUCCGUGAGGAACAUGUCCUGCUCCAUCAACAACACGUUGCUCGGCCAGAAGAAGGAAACUGUGAUUUUCAUCCCAGGUCAGUUCUCUGCCCUCUGGAGACUCAGCCUGUGGAGGCAGAUCUUCAGCAGACAGACUGAGCCCAGAACUGGAAGGAGGUGCGGGGGAAGGGUCCUGGGCCCUGAAGAGCUGGAGGCUAAAGCUGAGCUGAGGCCUUGCCCCCUGUCACAGGAGAAAAUCCAGUCUAAACCUGAGACUUCCUCUGCAGCUGAUGUGAGGCUGGAUCCAGACACCGCUCAUCCUGAGCUCUACCUGUCAGAGGACCGGAGAAGUGUGAGGCGGGGCCCUUCCCGGCAGAGGGUGCCUGACAACCCGGAGAGAUUCGACUGUCGCCCUUGUGUCCUGGGUCGGGAGACCUUCACUUCAGGGAAACAUUACUGGGAGGUGGAGGUUGAAAAUGUGAUGAUGUGGACCGUGGGGGUUUGUAGAGAUGGUGUUGAGAGAAAAGGAGAGGCCCUGCUGGUCCCUCAGAAUGGCUUCUGGACCCUGGAGAUGUUUGGAAACCAAUACCGGGCCCUGUCAUCCCCUGACAGGAUUCUCCCUCUGAAAGAGCGCCUUGGCCGGGUGGGCGUCUUCCUGGACUACGAAGCUGGAGAUGUCUCCUUCUACAACAUGAGGGACAGAUCACACAUCUACACGUGUCCCCGUUCAGCGUUUUCUGGGCCCCUGAGGCCCUUCUUCAGGCUGGGGUCUGAUGACAGCCCCCUCUUCAUCUGCCCAGCAUUCACAGGGGCCAACGAGAUCACGGUGCAUGAGGACGGCCUCAUCCUUCACAGGGCAAAGACCCACAACCACCCACAGGACCAAUGCCCUGGAGUCAGAGAAACAUAGAGAAGCCAUGGCCACCUCAGCUUCAUCUGCACAGCAUCCCCUGCUGGAAAACGGGCCCUUCUUCCCUCUGUCACACAAGGGAACAUCUUCAGCUGCCUCCUUCUCACCCACUGCAGGAGCAGCC